CUGAGAAUGAGAGUGAAAACAGGCUAGUUAAUCUCUCUACCAAAACUCAAAACACCCCCAUUGCCUCGUUCUUCCAUUAGACCGAGUCCAAGCUUUAUUUCCAAUCUCCUCCCACUAUCUUUAGCAAAAACUAGAAUGCAGAAUUUCGUUCCGGCGAAAACAACAACAUUUCCCCCCCAACAACCUCUCCCAAGCGAUUCCUCCUGCUAAACUAGUGAGAGUUCUUCCAAAACUUUCUUCACCUCUGGUGUUACUUCUUCACCAUUCACCACACACGUCUUUUUCACACUAUCAUCGCCAUCUCUUCCCCCUUUUUUGGCCCUUUUCAUCGAGCCCAUUACUGUCCACACCAUCAAUCGAUGAAGCAUCAGUCACUCCUCAAUCCAAAUCCCCAGCCUUUCAGCUGGUAAAUUUCCUCUGUUUCCACCAAAAAAAAAAAAACAGAGAUAAUGGCCAAGGACCACGGUCUCGAGUCUAAGAGAAAGCGCCUGACAUGGAUCCUAGGCGUCACCGGCCUCUGCAUCCUCUUCUACACCAUGGGAUCCUGGCAGAACACCACAAACAACCCUCCCAAACCCCAAUCCGACAUCAAAACCAAAUCCGAUUGCGAAACCCCCGCGACCACCACCAAAAACAUCGACAAUCUCACAUCCUCGCCAAUCAAACUGGAUUUCGAGAGCCAUCACCAGAUCCAGAUAAGCGACGAAAGCUUGACGAGCAGCCGGGACGAAUUAUUCCCGCCCUGCGAGAUGUCCUACAGCGAGUACACUCCCUGCCAGUACCCGCCCCGCGGGAGGAAGUUCGACAGGGAGAUGCUGAGGUACAGAGAGCGGCAUUGUCCGGCGAAGGAGGAGCUGCUGUUCUGCUUGAUACCGGCUCCGCCGAAGUACAAGACGCCGUUCAAGUGGCCGGAGAGUCGGGAUUAUGCGUGGUAUGAUAACAUUCCGCACAAGGAGCUGAGCAUUGAGAAGGCCGUGCAGCAUUGGAUUCAGGUGGAAGGGGAGCGGUUCAGGUUUCCCGGCGGCGGGACGAUGUUCCCGCUCGGCGCCGAUGUGUAUAUUGAUGAUAUCGACCGGCUCGUCCCGCUCGGCGAUGGGAACAUCAGAACCGCCAUCGACACGGGCUGCGGCGUUGCGAGUUGGGGUGCAUACCUGUUGAAGAGAGACAUAUUGGCAAUGUCUUUCGCUCCAAGAGACACCCAUGAAGCCCAAGUCCAGUUUGCCCUGGAAAGAGGAGUUCCAGCCAUGAUCGGCGUCAUGGGCUCACAGAGGCUUCCUUACCCAGCAAGAGCUUUCGACAUGGCUCACUGCUCUCGCUGCUUGAUACCAUGGUUCCAAUACGAUGGGCUUUAUCUGAUCGAAGUGGACAGAGUGUUGAGGCCCGGCGGUUACUGGAUCCUCUCUGGGCCUCCGAUCAACUGGAAGAAGUACUGGAAAGGGUGGGAGAGGAGUCAGCAGGAUUUGAAACAGGAACAGGAUGCCAUUGAGGAUGUAGCCAGACGUUUGUGCUGGAAGAAAGUGGCUGAGAAGAAUGAUCUCUCGAUUUGGCAGAAGCCCAUUAACCACUUUGAGUGUUUACAGAAUCGGAAGGUCUACAAGACUCCUCAUAUGUGCAAGUCCGACAACCCGGAUGCAUCAUGGUACAAGAACAUGGAGACAUGCAUAACUCCACUACCAAAGGUAAACGGACCCGACGAAGUCGCCGGCGGCGCGCUAGAGAAAUGGCCGGACCGGGCCUUCGCGGUCCCGCCCAGGAUCUCUACCGGCUCUAUACCGGGAAUCACGGUCGAGAAAUUCAACGAAGACAAUGAAGCCUGGAAGGAGAGGUUGGGCCACUACAAGCAGAUCAUCAACCCUCUCGCUCAAGGCCGGUACCGCAACGUCAUGGACAUGAACGCUUACCUCGGCGGUUUCGCCGCCGCGCUGGUCAAGUACCCCGUGUGGGUCAUGAACGUGGUCCCCUCCGAUUCGGAUCGAGACACCCUGGGCGCGAUCUACGAGCGAGGGUUCGUCGGUACGUACCAGGACUGGUGCGAGGCCUUUUCCACAUAUCCAAGAACAUACGAUCUCAUUCAUGCUGGUGGCGUUUUCAGCCUCUACCAGGACAGCAGGUGCGACGUUAAGAUCAUUCUGCUGGAGAUGGACAGGAUCCUGAGGCCCGAAGGGACGGUGAUAAUCAGGGAUACCGUGGACGUGCUGGUGAAGGUUCAGAGCGUUACGAGCAGGAUGAGAUGGAAGAGCCAGAUUAUGGACCACGAGAGCGGGCCGUUUAAUCCGGAGAAGAUCUUGGUUGCCGUCAAGACUUAUUGGACGGCGAAAGAGCAAGAGUUGCCGAAACAAUGACAGUAGUAUCUGCCUGCAUGCCCUUUCGUUUUUUUUUUUAAUAUAUAGCAAGAAAAUUGUGUAAAUUUUUUUGAGAAAUUUUGGGAAUGAAAAAUUCGACCUAAUUGCAUGACUUGUUUUAAGAUAAAGGAGAGGAUGAUGGACCGCCGAUUGGAGGCCAGAAAUGAAAUAUGUGUCGUUUUAUGUGUUGUUGUGGUGGGUGAAUUUCUCUGGUUCUAAGCUUGGGCCUAAAUGAAACAGAGCUGGGCCAGGCAGUCAGGAAAAGGACACCAGGCCACGGGUGUUAAAUACUUUUCGGGAAAUACGAAGGGAUCAGUAUUUCGUAUUCAAAUUCAAUGCUUCCAGUCGGCAUUAUUUCAACCGCCACUGGCGUUAUUUCAUUACUUUGAGG